GAUAGUGAAGUAUGAACUGUGAUUAUCCAAAUAAAUUUGUGAUGUAUUAGUAUUGCAGAGGUUUGUGGUUUUCAAAUUAAAGUUAUUAGAAUUUAAGAGAUGAAAAUAAAUAUGGAUAUAAUGGACAUCGUGUGAAUUGGAUUGGAAUUUGGAUUAUCAAUUUCUAUUUUCAAGGCGUUUUGCCUAAUUUACUACAGAGAAAUGUGAGAAUUGGGCAGCCUAUUAUUUACGAUUUUUGGACCGAAUACAAGAAUGAGUAGGUUGUCUAUGACAACUGCUGUUAGGGUUCGCCCACCCUUCCAAACAGUUGAAAACAACUGUUGUUUUGAUUCGUAUCCAAUGAGCAAUGUGUUGCGAUGUGGGCCUACUCUACUAGCAACUGUUUCUGACCUUGUCUUUGGCUGUCAAGUUAACCAGGAUGAAUUCUUCUACAGCACCGUCAAACAUAAAUUGGAUCUCUUUAUUAAAGGGGAGAACAUAUCAGUUAUUGCUUUUGGGGACCACUACAGUGGGAAAUCUUUCACAUUGUUUGGCCCAGGACUGCAUUGCAUUGACAGUGAAGCCCAUUUUGGUAUGUUGCCCCGAGCUGCAACGUAUCUAUUCUCAAAUUUGGAGCCACCUAAUGUGUUUUUCCCGGACAAUAACAAUAUAUCAUCAUUGAUCAAACUGGAGAUGAGUAUUUUUGAGGUGUUUGAUAAAGGUCUGAGAGACCUGUUGGAUACUAAAAAUAACCGUUUCAUGCUGGUACCAGGCGAAAAGGGGGAUUUGACUGUGUGUGGUGCCACUACUGUCCGGUGUGAAUGUCCACGAGAUGUGAUAAAUCUGUUGCAAGUGGCCAUGGCAAAUCGUCAAGUGUCUGAAAAUCUAACUCAUCCAACAAGCGUGAUCGUCAAGCUUGAACUUCAUCAUCCUGUUUAUAGAGAUGGUGAAACAAAAAUCCGUGUGUCACAAGCCAUAUUUACCGACUUGGCUUGUGGUGAGCACCCCCCUUCCAUGUGGAAUGUUAGUGAUGGGGUAAUCAUGGGUCUAGAUUACUAUGUGCUGAGUGUACUGACUAAAACACAUGGUGGAGCAUCACAUAAUGAUGACAUUCACAUCUUAUACAUGAGAGAAUACUUGAUCUUCCUCCUACUUCAGGAUUCAUUCAAUGGAAGACUUAACACCUUGGCGAUUUGCUGCAUUUCUCCGUGUGCCAGGUUUGCAGAGAAGACUUGGCAAUACCUUAGUCUAAUCAGACACAUUACUUAUCUGAGAUUGCCAAAGCUGGAUCUGAACAAACCGAACAUAAACCACAGCAUAGAUGAAAACAGGCAACAGCAACAGUCCACCCUGAUAUCGGAAGCAGAAUCUCUGCUGAGUAGAUUAUCAAUGAGCAAGUCCUUUUCUGAAGAUGAAAGAGAACAAUUUUCCAACUGGUUACACUUGAAGCAAGAGUACGAGGAGGAAUCUGUCAAUGGACAGGCCCAAAGUCACGGCCAGCCUCUUGAGUGCAUAGAAGAAGUUACGGAAAGUGAAGAAGAGGUUCCAAGUUCCAAUGAAAAGAUGUCUGAGUCGAACGUCAUGGCCACCCCUUAUUGUGAGAGUGAUCAAGAUGAGUGCGAAAAUAAAGUUUCUCAAAUCUCCGAUAGUGACUUUUAUGACAAAUUAGACAAUGUGUGUUUUCAAUUUUCUGACUUUGUUGAAAAUUUCCUUGAGGAUUUUCACGUAAUGCCUGUUUUUACUCCUGCAAAAGAAUGUAAACGUGUCUGUUCUGCAGCUAGAAGAGGAGGACUGUCCUCUAUGCCACCUAUGAAUGAGGCUCAGCGUGAGAAUGAAGCAAAAAGUGCACAACCACUGAGAGAUUUCGUGUCUGCCAAUCCUACAAAUGUUCAGCUCACAAAAUCGAGCCCCAAAGAAAAUUACAACAAAUGUCAACCGUUAGUCGAGGAUCCAAAAAUCCAGGCUGAGAAAACGCCCAUCAAUGAGAAGAACAUAGAAAAGUGGUUAGAGAACGAGGAGACGAGGGUGAGGAAGGUCAGGGAAACGUGGGUGAGGUGGCGAAAAGAAGCUAAUGACGUGAAGGACACAACCAUUUCACAGGAAGUCAAAGUUUUAAGAGCGGAAAAAAGCAAGGACAUGUUUCAGGCUGUGGAAGGUCUAACUUACUUCUUGGAUUUGAUUGAAGACAUUAUGGACUUGGAUAUCGUAACGUCGGAGCCAAAUGAACUUCUUGUCCCUUUUUGCCAUAGGGUUAGGCAGCAUCGUAAAGCCCGGCAUCAGUUCAGCCGAUUGAAGAGUCAGCUGGACAGUAAAGUCAAAGAUAAAACGUCUACUGAAGUGGAACUUAGAGAUCAUCUAAUGUGUGAUGAGAUCAUCGAGUCUUUCGACAUGUGCAUUGAGCACAUUAACAAUGUACUGAUAAAGAAGAAGAUACCUACAUCUAACUUCUCAUCUAACACCAAGGUGGGGAAGCUGGUCGUGGACGAGUUGACAAAACUGUCCAUAAGUGAGAUGAGACACCUCAUUUUCCGACUGUUCACCAAAGUAAUAGACCUCCGCGAGAGUGGGAAGACUCUAGAAGGGCUAAUAACAGAACUGGACAGGAAACUGGAUCUCAAUGAGUUGAAAAUAUCUGCGCUGUGCCAGGCACUGCAGGAGAUGAGGGAACAGCAAACCACAUCCAAGGCGAUGAUGCUGCAGCCUAGCACCAAUCACCCUGUCCCACCCACACACCUAGCUCUCCAGGAAGGAGCAGCUGGUGGCGGGCCCGUGACAAUACCACAACAGAAUCUGCACAAGCUUCAGGCGAAACCCGUACCACCGACAAAAGUCACGUAUACGCCAAGGAAGUUGAUCAUAGAAAAAAAGACUUCCAAGCACUAAAUGCCAUUCAUAUUUUUGAUAGGCGUGUAAAAACAGGACAAUCUUCAUUGAAAUCUAGUCAAGAUUUGUAGCAAAUUAAAUUGUAACAUUAAAUGGGCACAUUGUAACAAUCAAAUCAUAUAUAACGUUUGUGUAGUAACUGUUGGAACUUUAAAACUAUGUAAAGAGUUAUAAAAUAAAAAAAAGAAUAAAAAUAAACUGAGCAAAUUGUAAUUGGAGGUCAGAACCAUAAUGGCAGAUAAUUUUACAGAGGUAAUGGAUCAAAUAAAUAAACUAAAUUAAACCAGUCAACAAAAAUCAGUCACUUCAUUAUUGAAUGAUAUAUCAGUAAACCCACUGAAGUUUUUAGUAUUUUCCUGAUCUUACCAUCACGUUUACAAAUAAUACUUUUAGACAGAUACUUUACACAAGUAAUUAUUACCAUUCGACACGAGUAUCGGAUUACUCUACUUCUUAAAAAAGACUAUAACUGUCAAGUACCCAUGCAUCUAGUAAUUAGUUUGUAGGGUUGUGCAAAUCUGGAAAUAUGUAUUGAAUCAAAUUGAAAUCAAUGGAAGUACGCAAAAGACUCGUUUUAAACCACUAAAAUAGGUAUUUGAUUUCCUAUUUAGACUCAAAGUGUGAUUUUUUUUGAAAAACCUAAAGUUUAUCUCAAAUAAAAAUAAAUAGCUUAAGUAAUUGUAUUGUAUAAUAUUGUUUAUACUUUAGUGAACGUAUUCCCAAUUUACUGUGUAGCCAUAUAAGGUAUCGGCUAUGUUCAUGGCUAAUAGAAUUUGAUGGCGUGUGAAAGUUAUAUUUGGAUCAUUUUACCGUUGCUGUUACUGGAGUGCCAAAUGUUUGAAGAUAUUUGUUGGUUGUUUAGUAUUAGCAAUUUAAUUGGUACAGUAUGUUUGUUUUAAACUGUUUACAAUUAGUGUUUAGUGUAAGGGGUUUAUUUGAAAUUUCAAGCCUAAUGCAAAUACAGAUUUAUAAUACAGGGUGAGUAAAAAGCACGGACAUAUUGUGGGUUUUGCUUACCGUUAAAGAAUGAAUAUUGAUGUUCAUUAUUUUCCAAUUAAAAUAUUUUAAAUUUGAAUUAGCCUCCAUUUUGUACUGGCUUGAGAUAGCCUCUCUAAGUUUCACUGUUAAUUUUCUUUUAUAAAGACUUUUAAAACGAUUUAACUUGACGGGAGAUUACAUUUUAAAUUUUUCGGUUGGGUCCGAUAUUCGGUAUUUGGGGGCAGGGGCAAUCUUGUGAUACUAACUGAAAAGUGCAGUUCUGUACCCCACUGAAGUAUACUGAGAGGUUUUUCAAGGUGCUGUUGUAAAGGAUAUCCAUACUUUUUAUUCACUCUGUAUAAUUCAAUACAAGGUAAAGUUCAUUACUGAACUUUUUCAGAUAUUUAGGGGCAUUGAAUACAUGUUUACAUACAUUGUCAGUGUAAUAGUGGAAUUUCAAAAAGUUGCGUAAUUUAGUUUGAUUUAUCAUGUAUGUAAAGAAAAAAUAAAUUAUAAAGAACAAAGUUUUUAGUUAUGUACAGAUAUUAAGUUAGUGAGAAGAGUGGUACAGAAAAAUAGACCUUAUUUACAGAUCUGCUUGUCCUUGUUGUAGGGCGAAUAUCCUGUUGUCUGCUUGUAUGACUUUCCUAUAUUUGUUAUUAGUGCUUUGAAGUGAUGUCUGGCUUUAUAGCACCAAUUCUGUGAAUGGAAGUUGCCUCUAGUCUUAUUUUAGUGUUAGCAUUGAAUGGUGUCAGCUUCAAAUUCAGCCUUUGAUUGAAUCACGCAACCUCAAGAAGUCAACUAAAUAUUUGAUUUCAUCUUGUAUGGUAAAGGUCCCAUUUCUUAUACAGAACUAGCAGUUACCCGGGGCUUUGCACAGAAUUUCGAAGGCUUUGCACGUGUAUGAGCACUUCUGGUUCGAGUGAAUUAUAAAUUCAGACUCCAAUGUUGAGUAAGAAAAUAUGUCAAAUAGUGUAUAUUCAUGGCAAUCUUAGUCGUUUUUGUCUGAUAGUUGAUUUUGCCUUGUUUCCACGAUCAAGAAAAUACACAUUCAUAUGUAGGUCGAGAAGUCUACUUCUGUCAAAAGUUAACUAAGAUGGGUUUUAUAACAGUCUUUAAAUUUACAGUAAAAGUGCAUCACAGUACUGACACUGCACACUUGAUAUUUGAUAAAGUGUGCAUUUGAGCAGGAUCCAUACAUGCUUCUAACUUCAUUAAUUUUAAUGAGCUGCCAUUUUGUAAUGGGUUGAGAUAGAAAGCUCAAGUUGCCACUGUUCUCUCACUUAAUGGGCCUUUACAUUUAAAAAUGUUGAGCUCAUAAAAAGCUUUAAAACAAUGUGUACAUUGGUUUACAUUUGAAAGCUUUAGUUUGGGCCCACAAUUUUGUAUUUUGGGGGCAGGAGCAAUCUUGUGAUACUAAUCAAAAAGUGCAGUUUUGUAUCCUACAGAGAUAUACUGAGUUUGGUGUUCCUAGGUUAGGUUGUUAAAAGCUUAAUAUAUGAGGUAUCCUUGCUUUUAUUCACCCGGCAUAAAUAUAUUGCCUUUUUUACUUUAUUUUAGAUUUUGUCCUCACCACUGCUGAAGCAGCAUCCAUGGCCUUUGUCAGCAUUGGUAAGAAGCUGUUAUAUGCAUCAUCAUCAUUUUAAGAGUUGUAGAAAUCAUUCCAGUCUUCAUUUUCCAUUAGAGCCCUAAUAUCGUCCAUACUUCAGAGGUUUUGUGGAAUAUUUGUCACUGUGUAGCGAUGUUUCCUUUUGUCAACUGUCUUUGAUGAAAACUGGUGGAGGGAUUGUUAUGUAUUUUAAACUGUGCUGUGGUUUAUUGGGCUGUGUGAUCUGAUACACCUACUUCAAUUACAGAUGUUGUCAAUGUGUUAUUGUUAAGGUUGUACAUACACAGUCAGUGGAAGUGUGGGAUAGAGGAGUUUUUUGUGUAGGAGGAAGCGUCAAUACAAUUUUUUUAUUUCACUCUUGUUUUCAAUGUUGUUUGAAUUACUUUUUGUUGUUUGUGGCCAGGGAACUUGGUGAAACCUUUUUAUGUUCUGUGUUUUAUUGUGUUCUUGAUAUGUUUAGUAAAAAAUUCUUCCAAAGGAUUUUGUUUGGAGGGGGGAUUUAAUAUUUGCACAACCCUGAGUGAAGUAUUAUGUUAACCAUUAAUUGUUUUAAUUAGUUAAUUUAUUUAAAGACUGAUAGGUUUAACAGACAAUAAACUGAGGCCUAUUUAAACCUCACAAAUUGUGUUCACUUUUAUGCAAAAGUGUGCAACAUUUUUAAUCCUCCAACUGAUAGAAUUAGAUCCUGUACUGACAUGCUAUUGUUAACCCCUUAUAAAACUUUGAUUUAACACAAAAAUUACCAACCAAUACAUGACUUACUAGAUUAUUGUUUACAAGAAGUAAUAACAGUCAGAUUGAUUUUUUGUUGUUUGUUUAGUUUGUAUCAUCACUUUAUAUACAUAUGAAAGGUUUAUGUAAUUUCAAAAUAUUGUAAAAAAGCAGAAUUGCACACCAGCUGAUCAAAACUUACAUAUAAAAUUGAGGAUGUACAUUGCAAAAUUUAAUUUUAAAUUAAAUUAACAACGCAACCGUAUAUGAAAUGUAUCAUUACAUGUAACUAGUAUUAUCUAUUUGAAUUAUACAGGGAAUAAAUGAACUAUUUUGCAAUGCCAUCAUUACUUUUGAAGAAUAUAAUAUACAUUAUAUCUUACGUAAUAAUAUGUAAUAUUAUUUAUGAAGUGUUUAGCAAUAAUCUGAUCAGCUUGUCACAGUCAUUUGCACAAAAAUGUUCAUCAUAACUACGGUGUAAAAAAUAAAAAACAAAUUUAAGAAUCGGAUGAAAACUAACUCAAACGUCUGUUGAAUGCUGUUUGUGCGUUGUUGCCAGUACAGGAGCCUCCUGUCUGCCGUGGGUGUGACAGUUGUCAGUCAGGGGAUUAAUAAGCCGAAUGUAUAUAUUACUUAUUUUAUAAAUAUGUUAAUAUAUAACACUUAUUUUAUAAAUAUGUCAAUAUGUUAUAUACAUGUACAUGUGUGUAUUUUUUCCACAGAAUAAAUGUGUUCUGUUUUGAA